CCUCGGCUGGCGGCCUCGCCCCCGCGGUGCAGGCACCCGAGCCACCCUCGGCCGCGCGCCGCCCACGGCCCGGCCCCGGCGCCGGGAGGACUCUCAUGCGCCGGGCGCGGCGGCGCCUCCCUGCAGCCGAGCCGCUCCCCGGCGCCUCGUCUCUCUCCUGCGGCUGAGGACGCCGCUGCGCACGCGGCCGGCGAUGCGGGGCCCCGGCACGGCGGCGUCGCGCUCGCCCCUGGGCCUCUGCGCCCUGGUGCUGGCGCUCCUGGGAGCGCGGCCCACGGGCACCCGGGCCCAGCCGUACCACGGCGAGAAGGGCAUCUCGGUCCCGGACCACGGCUUCUGCCAGCCCAUCUCCAUCCCGCUGUGCACGGACAUCGCCUACAACCAGACCAUCCUGCCCAACCUGCUGGGCCACACGAACCAGGAGGAUGCGGGCCUCGAGGUGCACCAGUUCUACCCGCUGGUGAAGGUGCAGUGCUCCCCGGAGCUGCGCUUCUUCCUGUGCUCCAUGUACGCGCCCGUGUGCACGGUGCUCGACCAGGCCAUCCCCCCGUGCCGCUCCCUGUGCGAGCGCGCGCGCCAGGGCUGCGAGGCGCUCAUGAACAAGUUCGGCUUCCAGUGGCCCGAGCGCCUCCGCUGCGAGAACUUCCCGGUGCACGGCGCCGGCGAGAUCUGCGUGGGCCAGAACACGUCCGACGGCUCCGGGGGCGCGGGCGGCGGCCCCACCGCCUACCCCACCGCCCCCUACCUACCGGAGCCGCCCUUCACCGCCGCCGCCCCCUCCGACGCCAGGGGCCGCUGGUCCUUCCCCUUCUCGUGCCCGCGCCAGCUCAAAGUGCCCCCCUACCUGGGCUACCGCUUCCUGGGGGAACGCGACUGCGGCGCCCCGUGCGAGCCGGCCCGGGCCAACGGCCUCAUGUACUUUAAAGAGGAGGAGAGGCGCUUCGCCCGCCUCUGGGUGGGCGUGUGGUCGGUGCUGUGCUGCGCCUCCACGCUCUUCACCGUGCUCACCUACCUGGUGGACAUGCGGCGCUUCAGCUACCCGGAGCGCCCCAUCAUCUUCCUGUCGGGCUGCUACUUCAUGGUGGCCGUGGCGCACGUGGCGGGCUUCCUGCUGGAGGACCGCGCCGUGUGCGUGGAGCGCUUCUCGGAGGACGGCUACCGCACGGUGGCGCAGGGCACCAAGAAGGAGGGCUGCACCAUCCUCUUCAUGGUACUCUACUUCUUUGGCAUGGCCAGCUCCAUCUGGUGGGUGAUCCUGUCCCUCACCUGGUUCCUGGCGGCCGGCAUGAAGUGGGGCCACGAGGCCAUCGAGGCCAACUCGCAGUACUUCCACCUGGCCGCCUGGGCCGUGCCGGCCGUCAAGACCAUCACCAUCCUGGCCAUGGGCCAGGUGGACGGGGACCUGCUCAGCGGGGUGUGCUUCGUGGGCCUGUCCAGCGUGGACGCGCUGCGGGGCUUCGUGCUGGCGCCCCUGUUCGUCUACCUCUUCAUCGGUACGUCCUUCCUGCUGGCCGGCUUCGUGUCCCUCUUCCGCAUCCGCACCAUCAUGAAGCACGACGGCACCAAGACGGAGAAGCUGGAGAAGCUCAUGGUGCGCAUCGGCGUCUUCUCGGUGCUCUACACCGUGCCGGCCACCAUCGUGCUGGCCUGCUACUUCUACGAGCAGGCCUUCCGCGAGCACUGGGAGCGCACCUGGCUCCUGCAGACCUGCAAGAGCUACGCCGUGCCCUGCCCCCCGGGCCACUUCCCGCCCAUGAGCCCCGACUUCACGGUCUUCAUGAUCAAGUACCUGAUGACCAUGAUCGUGGGCAUCACCACCGGCUUCUGGAUCUGGUCGGGCAAGACCCUACAGUCAUGGCGUCGCUUCUACCACAGACUCAGCCACAGCAGCAAGGGGGAGACCGCGGUAUGAGCCCUGGGCCUUUCCCCCCCUGCUACCCCACGUAGGAGAGGCCUGUUAGGGGAAGAACUGCUGAGUGGGGGCCUGCUUCUGUAGGCAGCCCACCCCCCUCCACUGAGCUUUAACCUGGAAGUGAGAAGUUAAUUUGGAGGUGAGGAGAGGUUUGGGGUGAGAGAUGGCUUAGAGGGAGGCCUGAGUGAAAAGGCAAAGGCGGUGGACGGAAAGACUUCUGGCUUAGGACUUGCAGGAGGAUGCUAACUGUGAAAGCUACAGGCCGACUAGGGCCUACGGGAAAGGUCGAGAUCCCCAGAGACUGGUGAGUUCUUCAGGGCGCCAGAGCUGAGCCAGGGCUGUGAGUCCAAUCCCCUGCUGUAAGGCAGGCCGUGGCUGUCCUCACUCCAGUGGGGGCGGGGUGGGGGGCACACCGCUCCGUCUGCAGCCUGGGCUUUGAUGCGAAGAGGGGGACCCCCUGCGGUGCCCUUGUCAAGCGGUGGUCAAACCAUAAUCUCUUUUCACUGGGGCCAAACUGGAGCCCAGAUGGGUUAAUUUCCAGGGUCAGACAUUACAGCCCUACUCCCCGACCCCCUCCCGCCCGUUUUUCCUUCCCUACUCCUUUCAAGUCCGGUAAAAUAAGCAUUUGGAAGGCCGGGGAGGCCUGCCUGCUAGAAUCCUAACGCAGAGACGCGAAGGAAGAAGGUAACGUUUUCCAGGGGAGGCCAAGGAGACAAGAGGCAGAUACGUCUUUGAGUUUUUCAUUUUCUAGGUAAGGCGGGAGGCAGAGAGCAAAGGAAGGUUUUAUGUGGUUUCGUACCCUGAGAAGAAGUGGUGACUUGUUGCUUUUCUAAACAGGAAUGCGUUUUCCUCCCUUGUCUUUGUUGCAAGAGACAAAGGGUGAAACAAAAGUGUCUCCCUGAGGGAAGGCUUAACUGUGAAGACAGGAACUCUUUAUAGGCAAAGCUGCAGAAAGCCGAGGUUUCCCUUUGGUUGUUAAUUUGGUUGAGAUAAACAUUCCUUUUUAAGGAAAAGUGAAGGGCUCCGUGCUCUCUAUCUCUUCAGCCAAAGGUUCUGACUUGAAUAAAGAAAAUGCAAAGGGUUUUGUUAUUUGUUUUAAACAGAUUUAAUUCAGAAACUGCUUAAUGAAAAAAAUCUCCCUCAACUCUGCACCCCCAAAAUUCAAAUUUUCGUUUUCUCCCUCCCUCCCGGACUUGUCAAAUUUGGGAUUUUUUUUUUUAAUAUAGUGUUUUGUUUUCCAGGCAGGGUUUCUCUCUGCAGCCGUGACUGUCCUAGAAUUGUCUCUGUAGGGCAGGAUGGCCUCGAGUUCUGAGAUCCACCUGCCUCUGCCUCAAGUGCUGGGAUUACAGGCUCACACACUCCCCUGCCCAAUUUGUAUCAUUUAAGACUAAAGGUGGGGGGGGGGGUGCUCACAGAAUCCAAAGAAAAGAGAAGAUUUUAAUUUAAUGGUUUAAAAACAUUUGCCCACUUUUUCUCUUAGUUCCAUAAAUCCGUGUGUAAGACACAUGUGCUGACCCUUUCUCUGGUUACAUGAAGAGGUGAUGUGCCAGGAUGAUAGUGAAGGAAGAGGAGAGUUUGAACCAGGUUUAAAGAAAGUCGUUAAAGGAAGGUAAACUUCAAAGUGAUCCUGACGUUCUUUGAAAUGUGUUAGAAGACUUAAAUUUAUUAAUCUUAAGUCAUAUACUUUUUUUUUUCCCUGCAAUAGAAGUCUGGUUCUUUGGCAUAAUGGGGUAAAGCUAAGUGAAGCAUCAUGGGAGCUAACGUUUGCUCCACCUUUGACACUGAUUGUCCUCCAUUCUGGGGUACUGUCAGGGGUACACAUUACUCUGUAUAUGUCACGUUCAGUCGGAUGGCGCUGCUUCGGUGUUAACGUGAUCUUGUAUUUCUUAAACUUUCAAAGCGAUCUCACCUGUCAGGGUUUUUUUUGUUUGUUUGUUUGUUUGUUUUAACUGCCACUACACAGGUUUGGCAUCUUUUGUGUUUUAUCUCUUCAGUGCAUGUGAAAUUUGUAAAAUAGAGACAGUGCAGUAUGUAUAUUUUGUAAAUCUCCCAUUUUUGUAAGAAAGUAUAUAUUGUAUUUAUACAUUUUUACUUUGGAAUUUUUGUUUUGUUUUGCCUUUAAAGAUCUACAACGAAGCCCCACUUUAUCACUUGUACAGAUCACAAAUAAAUUUUUUAAAAAAUACAAA